AUGCUUUUCUCAAAAGGAAACCCAUCAUCGGUCACCAUCCUCCUUAAUGCUCUAAAGGAGUUGGAAGAAACUUCAAGGUUAACUGUUAGCAUUGAAAAAUCUAACAUCUUUGUAGCAGGGAUCCGGGAUAAUAGAUUGGAUUUUUCAGGAAUGCCAAAAGGCCAACUCCCGGUAAAGUACCUAGGCAUUCCUCUUGAUGGGCAGAGGCUCAAAGUUGCUCAAUUUUCCCCCCUCAUUACAGCAAUCACUCGGUUAAUCGAAAAAUGGAAGGGAUGCACCUUGUCAUACGCUGGACGACUUGAGCUCAUAAUUUCAGUAAUCCAAGGUACUAUUAGUUUCUGGAUUCAAAAUUUUCCCCUUCCUACUAAUGUGAUUGAUCAUGUAGCAUUUCUUUGUGGAAAAUUUCUUUGGGGACGGAGAGUUUCCCUAAUCACUUGGGAUAAGAUUUGCUUUCCAAAGGAAGAAGGAGGGCUUGGCAUCCAUGAUUUUAAAGUUUGGAACACAUCCUUCUUCUCAAAGGUUUUGUGGGACAUACACUCCAAGAGGGACUCGCUUUGGAUCCGUUGGGUAAAUUCCGUCUAUCUAAAUGGUAGUGAUGUUUGGGAUUUCUGCCCAAAUAAGAGGGACUCUGCGUUAUUCAAGAAGAUUUUUGAAGCCCGAGACAAGAUCUCACUGGCCAAAGGAGGAUUGCAAAAUGCAAAGGAAUUCCUUCAUAAUUCUGUGAACAACAGCAAGUUUCAGGUUUCACAGAUCUAUGACCUUCUUCGAGAGAAAUCUCAACCGGCUUUUGCAUGGAGAUUUGUAUGGAGAUCUUACAUUCCCCGCAAAUUUUCAUUUAUCACAUGGCUUGCUGUUCAUCAAAGGCUACCAACAAAGGAUAGACUUGCUUUUCUUGACAUCAAUACCGAAUGUUCAAUGUGUGUGGGUGAUAAAGAAACGGCUCAACACCUCUUCUUUAAAUGCCCCUUUUCCUUACAAGUUUGGAAUCAAGUCCGGAUGCAUUUUGGGUUUCACAAAUGCACGAAUGCAAUCAAGAGCUCAAUCAAGUGGAUCAACAGAUUGCACGGAGGAGCACACAUGCGUUCGAAGGCAAUUACCAUUGCUCUUAUUUGCACUAUUUAUCACUUAUGGAGAAACCGAAAUAGAGUUUACCACGAUGAAGAUAGGUUGCCCAUCGAUGGCCUUGUGAAAAAUAUUGCCAAAGACGUGUACCGAGUCAUCUUCUACCUUUAUCCCAUUACAUAA